AUGGGGCUGGGCCGGCCCCGGCGCAGCUGCGGCACUUCCCAGCUGGGCGGUGGCCCCGCAGCGCAAACACCAUGUACCAGCCGGGCCGGGCGGCGCUGCCAGGAGACGCUGCCCCGCAGCCCGGCGCAGGACAGCAGCGAGCACGGCCCCCAGGUCUCUCCGUCCCCGCGCCCCUCUGCUCCGGCCUGGCUGCCCCCCGCGCCUCCCGGCCCCCAGGCCGCUGCGCAGGCGGGAAGCACAGGGCGGGCACCUGGCUCCGGGCUGCCAGUCCCCCUCCCCUCCCCGGGCUGGGCGAGGACCCGGGCGGCGCUAACCUCCCCCCACUGCGGCGCAGAGCUGGAGGUGAUGGUGCGGGUGCUGCUCUACGGGCUGAUCUUCGCGCUGAGCGUGCUGGGCAACGCGCUGGUGGUGGCCGUGCUGGCCCUGAACCGGCGCCUCCGCACGGUCACCAACGCCUUCCUGCUUUCGCUGGCGCUGAGUGACCUGCUGCUGGCGCUGUGCUGCAUGCCCUUCAGCCUCGUCCCCAACCUCAUGGGCACCUUCGUCUUCGGCGACGUCGUCUGCAAGCUCAUGGCCUACCUCAUGGGCGUGUCGGUGAGCGUCUCCACCUUCAGCCUGGUGGCUAUCGCACUGGAGCGCUACAGCGCCAUCUGCAACCCGCUGCAGUCACGGGCCUGGCAGACGCGCUCCCAUGCCGCCCGCGUCAUCGCCAGCACCUGGCUGCUCUCAGCCCUGCUCAUGCUGCCCUACGCCGUGUUCAGCACCACGGUGCCGCUGGCCCAGCCCCCGCGGCCCCCGGUCUACCAGUGCCUCCACUCCUGGCCCAGCCAACACUUCAGGAAGGCCUGGUACCUGGUGCUGCUGCUGGUCCUGUUCUUCAUCCCCGGCGUGGUGAUGGCCGUGGCCUAUGGGCUCAUCUCGCGUGAGCUCUACCACGGCAUCCGCUUCGAGAUGGACAUGAAGAGGGAGGCUGGCGGUGGCCGGAGCAGCGGGGAGGCGGGCAGCGAGGAAGGCGACGGGUGCUACGUGCAGCUGACGCGGGGGGGCAGCGCGCUGGAGCUGAGCGCGCUGAGCGGCGCGGGGCUGGAGCGGGCGCGCAGCAGCCGGUCAGAGGCGCAGCUGGGGGCCAAGCGACGCGUGAUCCGGAUGCUGGUGGUGAUCGUGGUGCUCUUCUUCCUGUGCUGGCUGCCCGUCUUCACCGCCAACACGUGGCGCGCCUUUGCCCCGGCCGCCGCGCAGCGCGCCCUGGCUGGCACCCCCAUUUCCUUCAUCCACCUGCUGUCCUACGCCUCGGCCUGCACCAACCCGCUCAUCUACUGCUUCAUGAACCGCCGCUUCCGCCAGGCCUUCCUGGCCACCUGCGCCAGCACCUGUCCCUCCGCCCGGUUGUGGGCCCGAGGCCGGCCCCCACCAGCCUAA